AUGACUCCAAAAACGAUAGUUGUCACAGGUUUUGGACUUUUCCGUGACUAUAAAGUUAAUGCAAGUUGGGAGGUUGCUCGAGUAUUACCCGAAACUGGCAUCGCUGAAGAAUUAAACAUAAAUUUGGUCACAAUCAAUAUUCCAGUAUGUUACAAAGACAUUGAUCAGAUUGUGCCGACACUCUGGGUCCAACAUGAACCUGCUCUAAUGGUUCAUUUGGGUGUAUCACACUUGGCUAAAAUGUUGACUGUUGAGUUAGUCGCUAAUGGGCAUGGUUAUUGUGGUAUGGAUAUUCAUGGGAGCGGUCCUGAUGAUAAGUGUUUAAUUAAUAAUGAAAUUGAAACAGGCUUGAAAGUGGAAUGCACUGAUGAAUUAGAUAUUUGCACAUCUCGAGAUGCAGGAAGGUAUUUAUGCGAGUACAUUUAUUAUAAGUCACUAUCUAUAAAUAAAAAUCAAACUAUAUUUAUUCAUGUGCCACAAUUGGACCAGGAUAAUACAGCUCAGAAACUAGCUGAAAAACUUAAAUGUGUUAUUGGAAAAUUACUGGAACAAGUUACAAAAUGA